AUGGUUCGAUUUCUUCAGAUGAUCCCAUCGUUUGCUUCUUCGCCUGUGUAUGACAUGUCCACUGGAAUCUACUAUACGACUGGUGCUACGGCGGUGAUUCCAACACCCGCCUAUGAGCUCAUACCUCAUCGAGUUUUCGUUGGCGGCUUCCCGGCCAGUGUAAGUAUGUCCGAUCUG